GAUUCUCAAUCGAUAACAUCCAAACCACUCCCACUUUUCAUUUUUUACAUUGGCAGAGAAGAAGCAAAUCAAGAAGAAGCCUACAAAAGAAAAGGAAAUUCUCACCGUAGAAGAUUCAUUUCCAAUUUAUUGUAAACAACAACGUGAUGAAACGGAGCAUAGUCUCCAAAUAUUAGAGGCUGGGAUUUUCAGCAAAGAAGACAUAAAUAUUUCUCAAUAUGUUCAAGAGCCGGAAGAUAUGGACAUAUCAAUUGAUUGUGAUUGUGAUUGUGUUGAAGAGAAGACUGAAAAUCAAUUGAUGAAGCUUCCUAAUAAAGGUGGCAUGGAGGAUGUUCUUACACAGGAAAUACCAAUUGGUGAGAAAGUUGAGGAUGAUAGAAAUCCUCCUAAUUCUUGUGCCAUGGAGGUUGUUCUACCACCACAAGUGCCAAAUGGUGAUAAAAUUGAGGAAGAUGGCACAAAGAAGGAAGGUUUGAAAAGAAAAAUGAAGAAGAAGGAGAAGAAUAGAAGGAAAAAGAAAACCAUAUCACCCCAAGUAAAAAAUCAAACGUUCGGUCUUGUCACAGAAGUAUUGGAAAAGGGAGACCCUAACGGAAAGAAGGUUUGCAAAGGGGCAAUGGUUAGAGUUCAUGUAGCCAUGAAGAUCAAGGAUAGUGAUGAGCUGCCCUUUAGGGCAUGGGUGUAUAGAUUGAACUUAGAUAAUAAGAGACUCAUCGCGGGGCUACGUAUUGGUAUAAUAGGGAUGCGUGUUGGUGAUAAGAGAAGGUUUACUAUUCCUCCAUCUCUAGGUUAUGGAGACAAAGGUUGUAAGGCUGGAGUACCUCCCAAUUCAUGGCUUGUGUAUGAGAUUAAGUUGCUUGCUCAUAAGCGUGCAAACCUAUGACUAUAUAUAUAUGCUACACUUUUUUCCUUUCAUUAUCAGUGAACAUUAUUAGAUGCUUGUAUUGCAUAACUUUUGUUGUAAUUUAUUUCCUCGUUCAUGUUAUUAAAUGCAAAACUCUUAAUGACCCAA